AUGUUGUCUACUCUCUCUCGCUGUAUCCGCUGUGCUCCGUUUCUCUCCCUCUUGUUCCAUUCUUUUUCUUCUGUCCCACAGAUCAGUUUACUGAAUUCAGCAACUAUACCACGGGUGAUGAUGAUGAUGACGAUGGUGACGGUGCGGCGCCGUGCGGUGUGCGCCGUGUUGUUCCUUGGGCUCUUGUGCUGCUGCUGCUCGUCCGUGUGCGUUACGGCGGCUGGGAGUCCUGGACAUGUAUCUGGUGAUGCGGAUACGGUGUUUGUGCCGGUGGAUGUGUCGUGUCCUCAGAGUGACGGCAGCCUGAGCUAUCGCGUGCGUGGGGGUGUGUGGGCGUGGACGAAGUGUUCUGCUGCCGGUGCUGAGGCUCAGUAUGAGAAUUAUGCGUUCAGUGGCUUUGAUGUGCGCAUGCAUAGCCGAAAUGGUGAGCUGGGUACUGUGUGUCAUGUGGCCAAUGCGGUGUACACAUCUAACAACUGUGCUGCCAGCUGUGCAACGAAAGGGGAAGGGGUCACCGUUGCCUUCACGAUGAAUGUGACGACACAUGAAUACGCCGGCCUUUACGAAUUGUGGUGGCGUCAAUUUUCUUCCGACGGAACUAUUCCUGCGCUUGCCCGGAGCAGCGAUGCUGACCAGACGGGCAUCUGCCACCCACCACCGCCCCGUGAAGGGAAGGAUAAGAGAAAAUCCGGUGAGGCAACGGCGCCGCAAGUCAGUGCCGAGCCGUCACGUCAAAACGAGGGUGCGCGACAGUCUGCCGCUGCUGACGCGCCCAACACCGUCGAUCAGAGUCCCGCAUCCAACACGGAGACCAACACGUCUAGGAAAAAGCCUCGCACUGCAACCGAACCGAACGAAAACGUGGCUCCAACACCGCCCAAGAGGAAGCCUAGCAUUGCCAUGAGUUGGAACAUAGAAAUGGAUCCGAAUGCAUUCGUGACGAAUACUGCGUCCGCCACCGCGUUGAGGAUGGCAGUGGGCUCGAAGGAUGCCCGUAAGAGUGAAGCCGUUGACGGCAGCGGCGAGCACGUUCCUGGGGAAAUUGCGGGAGGAAUGAAUGGUCACAACGUCUCCGGAACACCAAAACGGCAUCAAGAAAUGUGA